CUGAAGGACAUGGACAAUCAAAAGUCGAUUUUGUCCGCAUACGUCGAGGGCGACACGGAAACGAUCGAUACUUCGUUUGGAUUUCGGCUACAAUGUCGCAACAUAUCCGAAGCAAAUAUGAAUCAUAAACUUUCUGGCUUGGAUCAUAUUGCACUUCAUCAACUGGACAAACAUCUUGCGCAGUGGCGGUCAAUUCGCGUCGGUGCGCGACCGUCUGAUAACUGGGCAACCACAGGCAUUGUUGAUCGCGUGCAUCAUAAAGCGGAUUUUUGCGUCGCUCGAUUAACCAAUAUGCGCGGAACCGAUUUUCAUCUAUUUGUCUUUGGACGGGCCUUUAAGAAAUAUCAAAGCGACAUUGCCAUCGGUGCAGUCGUCACUGUCCUCAAACCCACCAUUUUAAUGCCUCAGGAGGUAGGCGUUGCUGCGGCGUUACAUGCAAAUGAAGUGAGACAAAUUUGUGUGCUUGGACAAAGUCUGGAUAUGGGUCGAUGCGAAGCAUUGGUACAGAAGGAUAAGCAGUGUGAGGCAAUGAUUGACAGACGCAUGGGCGAUCUUUGUGAGCGACACAUCACGAAAGCGUACAACAUGUCGAAAAAUGGCCGCAUGGAACUCGCUUCGGGAAAUACCGGGUUGGAUGUACGAUGGGCUCAGGCGACAGAGCAUGGUAUUUCGGCAACACAAUCGGCUGCGCGACGAUCGAAAGAAGAAACCUAUGUGAUCAAAGGCAGAGGCGCCGUGACAACAGACGGGCGAGAAUUGAAAGCUCGACCACAGAUCAAUAAAAUGAAGAAUGAGAAAGAACGAUCCGCUCUGAGCGAUUUCCUCAAAGGACGAACUGAUCCUGGGGCAGUCAUGAUCAGAAAAUCGUGGGGUAUACAAGAAGAAGAAAAAAAUCCCAUUUUAUCCAGAGAUGCUAUCAUGAAACUUGGGCUGAAGCGACCACAAACCAGCGAAGAGGCGGCAGCAAAGAAACGAUCAAUGACCGAACUGAAUCAACUGCUCCGUUCAAAAAAUGCUAAAGCUACCACGGCAAGUCAAAAGAAGGAGAAGCAAGAGAAGCGCUAUAUCGAAUUGUAAACUUGAGUAUCCCUGCCACCAUUCUUUCAUUGAAAAACAUCAAAUGUACAUAGAAACAUCCAUUUUACACCAUCCAUAUUAUUGAUUCCUCAAGUAUAUUGUGUUUACUGUAUCUCACUUUUUUGUCGUAUUGAAGUCAACUAUAGCUAACUAGCUGCGUUUGCCAUUUCCUUGACUGGUCCAGGAAGUUGGUAAUUUCGGUGCAGAGACUAUGCUUUCAACAGGGUCUACUGUUUUUGCUGUAGAUAGAACACUGGGGUACGAGAAAAAAUUUUAAUUUCUGCACGAGAAGAUGCUGCGUUCAUAA